CUUAGAAAGACAUUCUUCUCACAGAAAUCACCGUUUUAAUUGGCCUCUGCAAUGGCAGGGUGCUAAGAAGCCUUUCAUUUGCGCCUGCAUGGCACGCGUGGGACAUGGCAACGCGAAACGACCCAAGGCGCAGCGGAAGAAGCUUGGCACGCAUGCACGUGUUGAUCGACGGGCGGCCGAGGAGGCCGAACUGCAGCGCCUGGAGGAGAGGAUCCGCGCCGAGUGCGGGAAGAGCCGCGCCAAGGCCAAGAGCAGCGAGGACGGUGCGAAGGCCAAGGGUGGGCCAGCUCUCACGGGCUCCUUCUUCAAAGACUUGCCGAUCUCCAAGCGAACCCUGCGUGGGCUUCAGGCAUCGAAGUAUGUCAAGAUGACUGAGAUUCAAAGUGGAGCGAUUCCGCCAGCUCUCUUUGGUCGGGACAUCAUGGGCGAAGCGCGGACGGGCUCCGGUAAGACUUUGGCCUUUCUGAUUCCCGUGCUGGAGCGCCUCUACAGGAGUCGCUGGAGCAACUUGGACGGGCUUGGUGCCGCGAUCGUUUCUCCAACUCGGGAACUUGCCUAUCAGAUCUUCCAGGUCCUGUCCAACAUUGGACAAGAGCAUGAGCUUUCCGCUGGAUGCAUUGUGGGCGGUCGUUCUCUUGAAGAGGAGCAGAACGCCGUGGCGACGAUGAGCAUGCUGGUGGCCACGCCUGGCAGGUUCCUGCAGCACUUGGAUGAAUCACCGGGCUUCGAGGCUGCCUCUUUGUUGAUCCUGGUGAUCGACGAAGCAGACCGGAUUUUGGACUUUGGCUUUCAGGAGACCAUGCAGAACAUUCUGGGCCAGCUGCCUGGCGAGCGGCAGACGUUGUUGUUUUCCGCCACGUUGCACGGCAGCGUCCACCGCCUCGGUCGCGCGGCGCUGCGCUCCCCGGAGGUGAUUUCAGUCCAUCAUGAUGCCACGAGCCGUACUCCUGACACGUUGAAGCAGACCUACAUGAUCUUGCCGUUGGAGAAGAAGGUUGACACACUCUUUUCCUUCUUGCGCUCACACUCGCAGAAGAAGAUCAUUGUUUUCGUAUCUACCUGCAAACAAGUCCGGUUCUUCUAUGAGGCAUUCUACAAGUUGAAGCCAGGCCCGGCAGUCAUGGAGCUCCAUGGCCGUCAAAGCCUCACGAAACGGAUGCUGGUCUUCCAACAGUUCAUGGACCGAGAGCGCGCGGUCGCAUUGUUUUGCACUGACAUCGCAGCCCGUGGUGUUGAUUUUCCGGCCGUGGACUGGGUGGUGCAGGUGGACUGCCCGGACGGCGUCGACUCCUACAUUCAUCGCGUUGGGCGGACGGCCAGAUAUGAGAGCGCGGGCAAAUCAGCUCUGUUCCUUUUGCCUUCGGAGCAAAGCUUUGCCCAGAAGCUCUCUAAGGCAAGAGUGGAAGUCCGUGCCAUCACCGCAAAGCAGAACAAGGUCCUUUCCAUCCAGUCCCAACUGGCCUCACUGUUGGCCGGGUCUGGCGACAUUCGGCACCUUGCACAACGGGCCUUCGCAUCCUACCUUCGUUCCGUUCGACUCAUGAAGGACAAGGAGAUCUUCGAUGUGCAGGCGUUGUCCAAGGAAGCCUUCGCCGAGUCCCUGGGCUUGGCGGACGUGCCGGAUCUGGGCGCCGACUGGGAGGCUGGGGAUGAUGACGUGGAGCGGAAUAAGAUGAAGAAGAAAAAGAAUCAAUCUGCUUUGCAACGGCUUAAAGAGAAGAUCAAAGCCAAGAAGAAGGACAAAGAUAAGGAUGCAGCGAAAAGGGAGGAGGAGGAAGAAGAAGAGCGGGAGCUCACUCAGAAAGACGGUGCCAAGAAGAAGAUUGGCAAGUGGGAGAGGCGGCAACGACGCAUUGCCGCUGCUGGGAAGGUGGCAGAGGAUGAUGAUCCUGGCGAAGAGGAGGAUGAUUUCCUCAAGCCGGUCGCCCAGGAGGCACAUGAGGCACCAAUCGCCCCUCCCAGUGUGAGUGGCAACAAGAAGAUCAAGCUCCGCAAAGAUGGCUCGGCUGUUCAGGCAGCUGGCAAGCACGUCUUUUUCGGUAAAGAUGGUACUCGGAAGACCUCUCAAUUGGCACAGCUCGCGGAGGAGCUGCGAAGUGAAGAGUUCGGGCCAGAAGGAGACCGAGCCAGCUUUUUGGAGCAAGUGGCUCGCGACUUGGCCACGCGCGACUCCUCCGACGCGCAAGUGAGCCGCGCGCGGAUCCACGAGAAGCACCAGAAGAAGCGGCGCAAGGAGCGCAGCCAACGUGGUGCGAAGAUUCCGGACGAGGAUGGAGGUGAGCGCGGCGAGCGCAGCUCACCCUCACGCUCACCGUCGCCCAAGCCAAAGAAGCUCAAGGAAGCACCGAAGUCCAAGCCCACUGAGGCCGAGCGACCUGCGGUGCAGCGGUCCAGCGUCGGGGAUGACUUGGGAGACCUGGAAAAGCAGGCCUUGAGCAAGCUUGGCGGCCUCUUCUCGUGACGGUGAUUUAUUUUGCAAUUGUUUCACCUCUUUUUUCUCACCCUAGCCAA